UAUUUCUUAUAAUUCUUUCAUUCCGAGUGUACCAUUGCAUGUCCACCCUACCAUGAACAUGGGCAAGACUCGAAAGAUAUUUUGCAGUAAUUGUAUAUUUUUUUGUGAUAACAUAUGAUUUGUCUAUGCCAUGAUUGCGUAUUCAGUAUGCUAGAAGUUGUCACUUGCAAUUGUGCGCACGAAGCGACCAUAUGCUGCAAUGGGUUUCAAUUGAGUAAAAGCCAGUAACCCCAUUGAUCAUAAUGCUAUUCGUUUUCAAUAUGCAGUUACAAAAGCAGAUAUUGCACAUGAACAUAUUCGUCUUGCUACAUAUUAUUUUAUGAAUUGAAAAUCUGGUUGUCAGAGAGGGGUCUUUAGAAUUUCUUAGUUCCAAGUUCAUGAUACCAAUUCACUAAUAUUUCUGUUACUGCAUCAUAUCCAUCUUAUGUGAAGCACGUGUUUCUUGAUAUCUUGAUCGUACACCGGAAAGGCAUUUGUUGUGAACUUUCAGGAAAAUUUGACAAACUACACGUGGAUCUUAAUGCCAGUGAACAUGCCACGUAAUCAACAUUGGGUGCUACUGGUGGCUAAUGUCAAGGAUGGAACAGUGGGCGUGGUUAAUUCUAAACCCUCCUUAAUUGUGGAGGACUAGGUUGUACAACACUGGAGGCUCUUUGUAAACCACUUGAAAUCUACGUCUAAGGAAAGGAGAAAGUCAUGGAUGAAGAAACAGUACCCAGUGAUAGAACAGUCAGAUGGACACAGCUGUGGAAUAUUCGUUCUGAUGGCUGCUGAUGCAAUUUUGUCGGAGAAGUCUCCAGGCAUCACGAGGAACUGUCACGUUGAGAAAUACAGGCUGUAUGUGCUUCAGAGGAUACUACAAUAUGCCAAGGACAAGGGAGAUAUGCAAGGUGGAGGUAAUCACAUGAUGGCAGUUGAUGGACAGGGUAAUGUCAGAAACGAAAUUCAAACUGUAACGCUGGAGACAAGAGAUGUACUGGAAAAUAGCUGUACAAUAUCAACAGAGCAAGGAGGUCCAACUAUUCAUGAAGAGGAUGGACAUGAAACACAUGAAGGAACCGACUCUGCUGUCGCCAGUGAUGAAAAUACAGAGAACUAUCCAUGUUUGGAUCAGCACCUGUUGGAUAAGCAGAAGAUGGCGUGCUUGUUAGUGGUUGCUUUGGCGGAGAAUAACCUGGAGGAGAGGAUGCUAUGGGCAAGGUCUGACACAGGGACUCGCGUGGAAAGAGAAACCUACAAAAAAUAUAUUGUUUGGGCACUCAAGGUUUUUGACAUCAAUGAAAAAGAAUACACUGAAAAUAUGAUGAAACCUAUUUUAUCUCAAUUGGCGAAAUGCUGUCUCCAUCAUGAAGCAGGCUCAUAUAGAAUAAGAAAUCAUGAAGUAGCAAUAAAGCUAAGAGAAAUACUGCUACGUGAUGUGGGACAGUUGGUUGAAAGGAUGGAUAUCGAGUUCAUAUUUCGUUAUGUGACAUUUAGAGGUGAUCGAACCGAAGCGGAACAACUAGAUGUGCCUUUAAAAAUCGAAUUGAAACAUGAUGAUCUGCAUAUUGUAGCGAAGCGGUUUCUUGCAGCUGUACAUGGCAGAAAGUUUGCCUUUGUGUGCAUGCAUUCCCUAUUCCAGGUAGAGACAUUUGUUGAUAUGGUUUGGGAGAAUAUCUUGCAUAAUCUGAACAAGGACAGAUCGGAACUGUUGAAAGUAUUGUCAAAAAAGGACAUUAUAUAUGGAUAUUCCUUUCUGUUUUGGGCGAGCAUCACAGACAACUCGAAUUUGCUGAAGAAAGCAUUGAACAGUGUUCAGUUUAUGGUAAAGAACAGACAGGAAGCUUUGUUUGGAAGUUGCUUUGGGAACAGUUUAGCCAACUUCGAUUACUUGUGUUCCAAAAAUAACUGGCAGUUGGAUACAUUGUGUAUGACGCUACCCGAACUCCCAAGACCUCUUAUCAUUAAACUGCAGUUGGCAGUUGCAGUUGAUCUGGGAGUAAAGUUUGGUAAAUGUUCACUUUUGGACAUUGCCUGUAUGGGUGGGUUGUCUGCAGUGGCUUCCAGAUUGUCACAUUUGAUAAAGAUGAGCAAGAACAGGAACAGGUCAAGAAAGAAUACAUAUGUACAUUAUGCAUCCUUGUGCCUAAAGGGCAAAGAUACCAUGGAUACAAUUACAAAAAUUGGAAAACUGAAUGUCAAUAUAAAAGGCCCUGAAGGAUCAACACCUUUACAUUACGCAUGUGCAGUUGGAAAUGUUAGCAUUGUAAGCUAUCUGUUACAGGAAGUAGUGGACAUCAGUGAGCAAAACAAGAAGGGUGAAACUGGGCUUCAUUUAGCAUGUAUAUAUGGAAAUGCAGAAGUUGUUACAAAGUUAUUACAGAACAAGGGAAUAAUUCAUUUGAAAGAUAAUGCUGGCCGCACACCUCUACAUCGUGCAGCCUGGCAGGGAGAUCGGGUGGUUGUGGAGGUGUUAUUACAGAACAAGGCAAAUGUGGAUGAGAAACGUCAAAAUGGCAGCACACCUCUACAUGAUGCAUCCGGGCAGGGACAUCGGGUGGUUGUGGAGGUGUUAUUAAAGAACAAGGCAAAUGUGGAUGAGAAAGAUAAAGAAGGCAGCACACCUCUAAAUGAUUUACAGAACAAGGCAAAUGUGGAUGAGAAAGAUAAGGAAGGCCGCACACCUCUACAUCAUGCAGCAUACCAGGGACAUCGGAUGGUUGUGGAGGUGUUAUUACAGAACAAGGCAAAUGUGGAUGAGAAACGUCAAGAUGGCAGCACACCUCUACAUCAUGCAGCCUACCAGGGACAUAGAGAGGUUGUGGAUGUGUUAUUACAGAACAAGGCAAAUGUGGAUGAGAAACGUAAUGAUGGCAGCACACCUCUACAUCAUGCAGCCUACGAUGGACAUAGAGAGGUUGUAGAGGAGUUAUUACAGAACAAGGCAAAUGUGGAUGAGAAAGAUAAGGAAGGCCGCACACCUCUACAUCAUGCAGCCUACCAGGGACAUCGGGUGGUUGUGGAGGUGUUAUUACAGAACAAGGCAAAUGUGCAUGAGAAACGUAAUGAUGGCAGCACACCUCUACAUCAUGCAGCCUACGAUGGACAUAGAGAGGUUGUGGAUGUGUUAUUACAGAACAAGGCAAAUGUGGAUGAGAAAGAUAAGGAAGGCCGCUCACCUCUACAUCAUGCAGCCUGGCAGGGACAUCGGAUGGUUGUGGAGGUGUUAUUACAGAACAAGGCAAAUGUGGAUGAGAAACGUCAAGAAGGCAGCACACCUCUACAUCAUGCAGCCUACCAGGGACAUCGGGAGGUUGUGGAGGUGUUAUUACAGAACAAGGCAAAUGUGGAUGAGAAAGAUAAGGAAGGCCGCACACCUCUACAUCAUGCAGCCAGCCAGGGACAUAGGGAGGUUGUGGAGGUGUUAUUACAGAACAAGGCAAAUGUGGAUGAGAAAGAUAAGGAAGGCCGCACACCUCUACAUCAUGCAGCCAGGCAGGGACAUAGGGAGGUUGUGGAGGUGUUAUUACAGAACAAGGCAAAU